AAUGUGAGGGAACGAUCCUGCGCUCACCGGGGGGAUCCACGGUGGCUUCCUGACGUCCGCCUCAAGGAAGUCCGACAAAGUUGCCUUACUUUUACCCACCGACUUUUUUUUUUUCUUAUUCACCCGGUACUCGCGACUGACUCGUGAUGUCUGGCGAACAAGGGGAGGGACAGGAGGCUAUGAACAUGUACUCCGUUACCCUCAGCGGCCCGGCUCCUUGGGGCUUCAGGCUGCAGGGUGGAAAGGACUUCAGCAUGCCUCUCACCGUGUCAAGGCUGACGCCGGGUGGAAAGGCAGCUCAGGCCGGUGUCGGAGUGGGAGACUGGGUGGUGUCCAUCUGUGACGCCAACGCCGAGGACAUGACCCACGUGGAGGCACAGAACAAGAUCAGAGCAGCAACAGACUCCCUCACCCUCACCCUCAGCAAAGCUUUCAAAGCGGGUGGAGACCAGAAGGACUCGCUUGCUACGGCUUCUGUUCAGCCAAAGUACUCCUUUGCCCCAAGCACAACCAUUAACAAGAUGGCGAGGCCAUUUACAGCAGGUGGUGGUAGUGCCAACUCAGGACCUGCUAUUAAACCUGUGGCCUACUCGCCUAAACUUAACACUCAGCGCUCACAAGGCCAAGCCAGUACACAACAGCCACAGAAUGGGGACAAGAGGAGCAGAACAGCAAAGGUUCUGUGCCAGCCCACUGAGUCAUUUUGGGUGGAAGCUCUUGACAAGGGUGAAGCAACUUACUAUGAUGAUAUCUACCAAGUGUCCAAGCACGGCCUCAGGGUGGAGAACAUCCCCUGUUUUAUCCCCAACGACCGCAGCAAGAAGAGGCUGAUCGAGGACACUGAGGACUGGCAGCCCCGCACUGGCACCACCCAGUCGCGCUCCUUCCGCAUCCUCGCCCAGCUCACAGGCACCGACUUCAUGCAGGACCCAGAUGAUGAAACCAUGAAGAGGUCCAGUCGUUCUAAGUGCUGUAAAGAAAAUCACCUUGUUUCCUCUUGUCCAGACUCUAAGACUGCAGCGGCAAGCAGCUCCGGUCCGUCCUGCCGACCUCCGUGGGUCACCGACCGCAACUUCGCUGACCGCUUUCGCCCAGACAAGACCAGCACCGUCGUGACCCAGCACCAGCAGCCGGUCCAGCCGACGCCCAUGCAGAACCGCAGCUCCAUCCUGCAGGCAGCUCAGCAGGCCCCCGAAGACAGUGGGAGGACCCCAGUAUGUGGUGCCUGCAACAAAAUCAUCAGGGGUCGCUACCUCGUGGCGCUCGGACGUUCUUGGCACCCGGAAGAGUUUACGUGUUCGCAGUGUAAGGCCGUCCUGGAGGAGGGGGGCUUCUUCGAGGAACGGGGGUCCGUCUACUGCACCAAGUGCCACGAUAACCGAUACGCUCCAAACUGCGCCAAGUGCAAAAAGAAGAUCACAGGGGAAAUCAUGCAUGCCCUGAAGAUGACCUACCAUGUUCAGUGUUUCAAGUGUGCAGCCUGCAAGAAUCCCAUCAGGAACCAAGCCUUUUACAUGGAGGAGGGCGAACCCUACUGCGAGACAGACUAUGAGAAGAUGUUUGGCACCAAAUGCCACGGCUGCGACUUUAAGAUUGAUGCCGGGGAUCGGUUUCUGGAGGCCCUGGGCUACAGCUGGCAUGAUACGUGCUUCGUCUGUGCUCUCUGCCAAAUCAACCUGGAGGGGAAGACGUUCUACUCAAAGAAGGAUAAGCCCCUGUGCAAAGGCCAUGCCUUUGCUCCGGUGUGAGAGAUCGAGCUACAUCUUCAGAAGAACCAGCACUUCUCUCUCUCCCCCUCCUCUUUACCCCUUUUCACCCUCUGACACAUCCGUAUACACUAUCCAUGCCCUGUUUUCCAACCACACACCUAGUCCAACUCUCUGUUUCUAUCCCGCAGUCUUUGUUUUUCUGUACUUGAGGCUUAAUGCUAGCUUCACAUACUGUCACUUUACUGUGCUGUGAGGACAGUUCAGAUGUCACUGCCUGUAAUACCAAAUGCUGUGUUGCAUAACUGGAAGUAGUCAAGGAAUUAUUUCAUGUCAUCACUAACUUUUUUUGACUUUAAAGUUGUUCUUAGACUGGGCAAAAAAAAAAAAAAAGGCCCCCAAAAAGUGUCUUAUUCGUCUAGAUUUGAUUGUUAGUGAAGAAAUCUCUACAUCAAGUCACUGUCUUCCAAGUUGAAAGAGUCAUUGAGCCUCUAAUAAUCUCAUGUAUUGCAGUAAUGAUCUGCCACUUGUCCUGCACUAAGUGUAGAGAAGUGGUGGCCCCGUUCAGGACCCCGGCCCACUCACUGGCUCUUACCACAGUGCCCUUUAAUAUAAUGGGGGCCAGUCAAGCAGAAAAGGAAAGGGGGGGUGGGUCCCCAUUUCUGCUCGACUGGACCUCCACACGAAGCACUAAAUGCUUUACUUUUGUACUUUGGCUCUGUCAGAUCGGAGCACAUGCUGCAGUUUUAUCUGUCAUUUUGAGUCAUUUAAUAAUCCCUAAUUGAUCCAGUUUGACAGAAAACAUGCUAAUAUCGUUUUUAAUGUCUCAUAAUUCUAUGUUACAGAGAUUAGCUUUGAUUAUUGUUAAUUUUUAUGUAAGAAGAAAAAGAAAUCUGUCAAGAUACUUGUGUCCCUCAAGUUGCUAUGAUAUUGUGAUCAUUCCUUCGAGUACUUUCAAGCCAU